AUGCCCUCCACUACGAAGCGCCAGGGAGUCGAUCCCUCUUCCACUACCACUACCACUACCACUUCUACCGCUCGCGAUCUUGAUCGGCGCGAACAUUCCCCCGCUGACGACGACCAUCUCCAACACACCGCUACAUCCACCACUGGCCGUGAGGAAGACGAAGAUGAUGACGAUGAUGAUGACUACACUUCCUCGUCUGGAUCUAGCGAUAGUGACAGCGACAGCGACGACGAUGAGGAAGAUGAAGAAGAAGUAAACCAGAAGGAGACCACUACUACCUCCGACGACAUGCCGCGCAUUCCUGCUAUACCUAAACCGCGUAUCGGCCGCAUUAACAGAAACCCUGACCUACUGUCCCGACUAUCUGCUUUUCUGCCGCAGAUGAAAACUGCGAAUGAGAAGCUCGAGCAGGAGAUUGCGGCGGGAAGGGCGAAGGAUGUGCGAUUGGAAAUAGAUGGGGAUGAUGAUGACGAGGACGAGGAUAUGGAGGGAAAGCGGUAUAUCGAGAUGAAUCUGGGACUAGGUGUGCUGGAAGAGAAGCGGCCCGGUGAUGAGGAGGCAGAUCAUCUCGAGUCGCAGGGUGGUCAGGACAAUCAACAUGUUCUGCCUGAGAGGCCGAAAUCUGGCAAGGACUCGAAUGUGCUGGAUACUUUGAUGGGCAAUGCGGAGUCUUCGGCGGAGAAGGAGAAGCCGACGAUCGAGGAGAUAUAA